AUGGGAGGAUCAGAUAAUUCUGAAUCUGAUUGGAGGCGGCCACAGAAAUCGAACAAGGCCGCAACAACAUCUGGAUCAAGUGAUCAGCCAAGUUCAGAAACUGCAGUCAUCAAUGGAGAAACACACCUCCCACUUGAAGAUGAAGCCAAUGGAAAAUAUAUGCCAGUCAAACUGUACCGCGCAGCAGCCAAUAAGGAUGAUGCUGAUCAUUUCGUCCAUGUCAUCGAAGAAAUUGCAGCUGAAAAAAGUCUUGAUUUGUCGCAGAUUAUUCAACAAGUUACUCCACUGGGGAAUACGCUACUUCAUGUAGCAGCAAGUCACGGAAAUGAGGAAAGCGUGAACCUGUUGAUCACCGCAUCACCCUUUCUUAUUGCGAAGCAGAACUUUGUAGGUGAUACCGCAUUUCAUCUUGCAGCAAGAGCCGGGCAUCAGCUUGUUAUUACUACACUUCUUCAUGGUGGUCUAUAA